AAAGUUGACAUGUCUCUCGAAGAUCCUUUUUUUGUAGUCCGAGGCGAGGUGCAGAAGGCGGUGCACACGGCUCGCGGGCUGCACCAGCGCUGGAGCGAGCUUUUGCAGGAGGGCCCGGCGGUGGCGCGCGAGGAGCUGGACUGGACCCUGAAUGAGCUGCGGAAUGGCCUGCGCAGCAUUGAGUGGGACCUGGAGGAUCUGGAAGAGACCAUAGGCAUAGUGGAGGCCAACCCGGGCAAAUUCAAGCUGGCAGCCGGGGACCUGCAGGAGAGAAAGGUGUUUGUGGAGCGCACGCGGGAAGCUGUCCAGGAAAUGAAGGACCACAUGGUCAGCCCCGGGGCCCUGGCCUUCCUGGACAGGACUGACAGGGAGAUUCUGGUUGGCAACCCAGCUGCCCAGAAGUCUUUACACAGUGACCUGCUGGAUGCCAGCGCGGUCUCGGCCACCUCUCGCUACCUGGAGGAGCAGCAAGCCACGCAGCAGCUCAUCAUGGAGUGCCAGGAUCAGCAGCUGGAAGCGGUGUCUGGCAGCAUCCGGGUCCUGAAGCACAUGUCUGGCCAGGUGGGAGAUGAGCUGGAGGAGCAGAGCAUUAUGCUGGACGCUUUGGCUCAUGAGGCGGACCACACGCGUUCCCGGAUGGACCAGGUUCUCAGGAAGAUGGCCAAACUGUCCCACAUGACAAGUGACCGUCGGCAAUGGUGUGCCAUUGUGGUGCUCCUCGCUCUAGUUUUCCUGGUCGUUGUCCUGCUCUUCUCUCUCUGAGUUGGGCCCUCCCCGUGGUGGGAUGGAUGGUCCCUAGGGCUCCAAAGCCAACAAGCGUUUUCAAGCUGGCCCUGGCCCCCAGGAAGACGGCGUGGAAGCUGUCCUCAAUGCUCUUGUUCAUAGCCAGUGGGACCGGAGUGUCCGCUGCUGGUCUUGUCUCAAGAAC